AUGUCGAACAGACCGACGCGUCUGCUGGAAAAGUACGACCUUCUGCUGGAUCAGUUGGAUUUUGAGCACAUCCGGCAGUGCAACGAUGGUCGGCAGGUGGAAAACAUUCUCAAAGUGUUGCGCUCGGGCGAGGAAGGAUAUUUUCCGCAGCUGACCGCGUUCGCCGAGGAACGGCUGCGGGUGUUACGGCCCGAUAGUAAACUCUUGCGUAAGGAGGUGCCUCUUGCUACACGCCAUACCAUGCCGGAGGAACAAUGGAACUCACUGUGUAGUCAGUUGAACCGCUGGGAAGACGAAAUGAAAACGCUUAGCAGCGAAAUUCGCUCCGUUGAGCUUCCGGACGACGACGGCACGUUACCUCCGGUGCGAAAAAUUAUUCCCGACGCCGAUCAACAGCCGGCCAAACAACGCAAUGCCUCAGAGAAACCUCCCGCCGAGAGGAUUCGCUCGUGUGAUUAUGCGCGCUGGGACCAGUACGAUCCGGAGACGGAAUUGUUGAAAAUGGAUCUUGACGAGGAGCGCCAUCGGGAAUUAGUCCGUGCGAAUAAUCGUAAAAAUGUCGAACCUCCAAAAAUCGUGGAACUGCCGCCUGAAGUGAAACUGUCGGAGCAAGAAAAACAGGUACUGGCGGAAAACCUUCGGCUCAAAGGGAAUGAUUUCUUCCGCGCGAAAGAGUUCAAAGAGGCCAUCCGGGAGUAUAGCAGCAGUUUGGAGCUGUUGCCGACUGCCACAUGCUUCAACAAUCGGGCCAUGGCAAAUAUAAAACUGCAUCGUUACAAGGAAGCCAUUGCGGACUGCGAUCAAUGCUUACUACGUGAACCGGAAAACGUUAAAGCAUUAUUGAGGAAAGGUCAAGCUUUAAAGUCAAAUAACAAUCCGCGAGAGGCCUACAAGGUAUACUGCGAGGUGUUACGUCUCGAACCAUCGAACUCUAUUGCCCUCAGCAGUAUGGCCGAGCUCAGGCGACAACUACCGGAUCUUCCACCACCAAACGCUUUCCGAAUGACGAUCGAGGAAGUGAGCAAUAGUCCGGUGGAACCAAAGGAAGAUGAAAUCGACUUUAGUGCCUUGGUGAAACCGAAGAAAAUUAUCAAGGAUAGGCUCCCGACGGCGAUCAAGCAGCUGAAAAAAGAUACGGCUAGUGUUAUACGCCAGGGCGCUCAGGAACAGGCAGUACGUAGUAAGCAACCGAUAACGUUACAAAGAGAUAAGAAUCACGCCCAACGUACACCUUUGAUAGAGGAACUGUAA